AUGUUUAAAAUCAAAAGAAAAUCUCAACCACCUACAACAGCACCAUCAUCGAGCAGUGUUAGUCGCACAACUUUACUUGUUUCUUCGCCUUCUGCUUGCUCUACACGGCAUCACCAGAAGAAUGUUUCACUAUCAUCAUCCAACUCUGUCUCACCACAAUAUAGUACCUAUCAAAAAGUCUCUCGUCAACGACGCGCUGACGAAAUUCUCUCGAAUACACGAUCCACUCGUCCCAAACAAUUUCUCGGUUAUUUCCGUUGUUGCUGCUAUCAUUUAUGUUCAUGUACAUGUGAAUGUUCUAUUCCAUCGAAUACGCUGGCAAAUGGCAAUACUUCGUCAACAUUUACUAGACAAAAUUGUGCGAACCACUUGCGUGGUUGUUUCGUCGAACGAUGCUUCCUCGAAAGAAAACCAAAGCAAAUCUUCCUAUCUAAAUUGACAUUAUUUGUUCUUCUUCUAUCAUCCUUAUUUCCCUUGACAUUUGCUACUACAUUACCACCGUCAUCCGCACAAAUCACAACUGUUAACCGUGAUUUCUAUGUCUUCGCAGGUUUUCCUCUCAAUUCAUCAUCACUUGCGUUCUCACUUGCACGCAAACCUCAAUGGCAUGCAGGAUGUUGUAUACGUUCAAAUAAAACCUUAUCUGUUUGUAAUGCCUCAUUAAACUCCACGUUUAACGAUAUCCUAGCAGAUAACUUCAACGACAACUUCUAUUCGAUCGAUUUUCUCAAUGACCAAAAGUUAUUCUGUCAACGAUACAAUACUUUUCGGAGUUUAACAUCCAAACAAUUAGCUGUAUUCACGUACUCGAUUGUCGUCAUUGGCAUUAUCCUCAAUACAUUUGUUUUCCUUGUCCUAAUGUGUGGUUCAUUAAGACGAUCAACAUCAUUUGCAUUAUUCCUAGCAUUGACAUGUUUUGAUUUGCUAAGUCUAGCGUCAA